CGGGACUUCCGGCGGCGCGCUCGGUCAAGGGGCCGCCUGGGCCCCGGCGUCGUUCGCAUCCGCACGUGUCCGCCGCCGCCGCCUGCGCGAUGCUGCCGCUGCUGCGCUGCGUGCCCCGCGCCCUCGGCUCCGCCGUCGCCGGCCUCCGCGCCGCCGCGCCCUCCCCGCCGCUCCGGCAGCUGCUGCAGCCCGCGCCGCGCCCGUGCGGCCGACCCUUCGGGCUGCUCAGCGUGCGCGCGGGGUCGGAGCGGCGGCCCGGCCUCCUGCGGCCUCGCGGGCCCUGCGCCUGCGGCUGCGGCGCGCUGCACACCGAGGGGGACAAAGCUUUUGUUGAAUUCCUGAGUGAUGAAAUUAAGGAGGAAAAGAAGAUACAGAAGCAUAAAUCCCUCCCCAAGAUGUCUGGAGGAUGGGAGCUGGAAGUGAAUGGGACAGAAGCCAAAUUAGUACGGAAAGUUGCUGGAGAAAAGAUCACUGUCACUUUCAAUAUUAACAACAGCAUCCCACCAACAUUUGAUGGGGAGGAGGAGCCCUCCCAAGGGCAGAAGGUUGAAGAACAGGAGCCUGAAUUGACAUCCACUCCCAAUUUCGUGGUUGAAGUUAUAAAGAAUGGCGGCAAGAAGGCCCUUGUGCUGGACUGUCACUAUCCAGAAGAUGAGGUUGGACAAGAGGAGGAGGACGAGAGUGACAUUUUCUCCAUCAGGGAAGUGAGCUUUCAGUCCACAGGCGAGUCUGAAUGGAAGGACACAAAUUACACACUCAACACGGACUCCUUGGACUGGGCCUUAUAUGACCACCUAAUGGAUUUCCUUGCGGACCGAGGGGUGGACAACACUUUCGCAGAUGAAUUGGUGGAGCUCAGCACAGCCCUGGAGCACCAGGAGUACAUUACUUUCCUCGAAGACCUCAAAGGUUUUGUCAAGAGCCAGUAGAGCAGGCAGGGUGCUGAACGCCUUACUUAUGUGGUGGGCUUCAGGCAGUGAACAGACCCACGCCGGAGGCAGACACACGCGCUUUCAAAUGGUUUUCAUCCUAAUAUCAUGGAAAAUUAUUCAAAUCUAAAUUAUUUCUGUUGCCCUCUUAUUUACUAUUCAUUCAUUUCUUCUCAACAGAUCUAUUAUUUCUAGAUUUUUGUAUAAUGCAGUGAUGGACAGUAAAAUUGGUUUAUCCUCCUCUAAAA